CGGAGUUACUCCAGGCGCUUCGGUUCGGUGGUGUCUCCUCACUCUUUUUCCGUGUCCCGGCUCUCUUCGGCGGCCAUGGGCCUCCCGCCGAAGCUCGAGGUUUUGCUCUACGCCGUCAACACGCUGCUGCGCAAGCGGCGCUACCACGCCGCGCUGGCGGUGCUCAAGGGCUUCCGCAACGGAGCCGUCUAUGGAGCUAAAAUCCGUGCACCCCAUGCUCUGGUCAUGACGUUUCUCUUCAGAAGAGGAAGCCUAAAGGAGAAGAUCAAGGCAAUUGUUCAGGCCACAUACACUCAUUCCCGAAACCUGGCUUACUUUGUUUUUACCUACAAAGGCUUGUGUGCCUUGCAAUCUCGUGUCCAGGGACAGACCUUCCAGUUUCAUUCCUUCCUGGCAGCCUGUAUUGGAGGUUGGUUGGUUUUUGGAGAAAAUAAUAACAUCAACAGUCAGAUUAACAUGUACCUGCUGUCAAGAACCCUGUUUGGACUGGCCCGGCUAGCAGUUGAGAAAGGCUUCAUCCCAGAGCCAAAACAGGAUCCCUUUCCUUUGUUUUCCGCUGUCAUCUGGGGACUCAUCCUCUGGCUCUUUCAAUACCACAGACACACCCUUCAGCCAUCUCUGCAGUCCUCCAUGACAUAUCUCUAUGAUGACAGCAACGUGUGGCAUGACAUUUCUGAUUUCCUUAUUUAUAAUAAAAGCAGCUCUGGGAAAUAAUCCAUAGGCUUCGGGAAAACUGGAUAGUGGUAUGCUCUGUUGUGGUCAGGGCAAAAGUGGAUGGCUUUUUUGGUUGUUGUUCUAUCAUAAACCUAAAGGGUUUUCAGAUGGAUUUUUACCAUCCCUUCAAUUAGUUUCUUGGUUAUUUUUUAAACAAACACUAUGCCAUUUUUUUCCAUUAGUUUUUUUAGUCAACAAAAAUUUCCAUCACGUUUAAUUUCAUUGGAAUAGGGGUCCUAACCCAUUUUACAAUGUAAAGAACUGUUGUUGUUGUUUUUUAAAUCCAUAUAUACUGUGUAAUGACAGGGAGCUAUUUAGAUCAUCAGUGGAAAACAAAUCAUUUUCAUUAAAAAAAAACAACCAAAAACCCAACACAACUCUGUUCCUAGGUAACUAUGUAUAGAGAACACAUCUUUCCAUUGCUUCAAAUGAUUUUACAGUAGAAGCACAGAUUUGGACGGGGUCUUAGAAGUCAUCUAGUUCAAUCUCCCUUCAGAAUCCCUUCCAUAGUUUCCCCAAGAAGAGGUCAUCCAGCCUCCAACAUGAUUCUCUAAACAUUGCAUCCCUGUGCAAUUUUUUCCUGCUUUAGAAGAUAGUAGUACUUCUCUAAAUAAUUCACUGGUUUCUUUAAGGGUAAUUGUGUAUUUCUUCUGACUCAAACUGAAAAAACUAUUUGUUUCUUAGUGAUGUCAUUUUUUAGAACCCAAUCAGUGAUAAUUGAGUUAGAAUUUCUUUCAUCUUAUCUUUCAUUCCUCCACUCCUGUGAAGUGUGUUUAUAGGUUUGUGAGAAUCAAGUUUUCCAUCAGACUCUCUCCUGGAAUGGGGGACAAAGUCAUCCUUUAGGGAACCAAAAAGACUGUAAACCUAGACUUUGAAAUAACAAUCUCUGUAUGUAAUAAUUUGUGCAAACCUGGUUUGCUUUGCACAAAGAAUAAGGCAAGUCACAGAGUACUGGACUAGGGCCAUUUGUGCUUGGGAGAAGCUGAUGGGGACCUGGUCCGGGUGCUGGCAAGUCCCACUUAGAAACACUGACGAGAAAGCAAAGGGUGACAUCAAGAAGAGAUGAGAAUGAAGCACAUGUUCAGCCCUCCAAGCCUCACCUCCUGCCCACUAUCCCCUUGUGCAUCCUAGUUCAUCCAUGGUUCCUGAUCCUAAUAGCAUAGAUCAGCGAAGGUAUCCAUACCCUUCCCUCCUACUUUCCUGGAUUAGGCAUCUUCUCCCGGGAUAGUCUAUGAAUGAAUUGAGGCCUGACAGGGCUUAUAGCCUUUAUAGCCUUUUUAGCAUAUAGAAUGCUGAAGAGAAUUUCCCCUUUUCUAGGCUUUCUUAGGCAGCUUUCACAAGACUCUUUGCAUAAAUGACUUAAACAGCCACAUCUUUGCCAGACUUACCUUUUGUCUCCCUACCCCCUGCCCUUUUUUUCUGUCAGCUUCUGUUACUUUGGGCCUCUCUGGCUUUUUGGACCUUGGGAAGGGUCAUAAAGGGUCUGGGUUCAAUUUUUAGCUCUGUUCCUAGUUCUGUGACUUUGAGAAGUUGCUUUCUUUUUCUUUUUCUUUUUCUUUUCUUUCUUUCUUUCUUUUUUUUUUUUUAGUGAGGCAA